UGAGUGAUCUGUUGUCUCAGCACCAACUGUUGAAAUCAUUCUGUGACUUUUAUGUUUUUGUUGUUUUCUUGUUGUUGAUGAUUUACACACACAUAUUUUUCCUUCAGAUGUUAAAUGGGAAGGAAUACUGGAUUCCCAUGGAGGUGCACCUCAUGCAGCAAGCCGCAGGCUAUCCAGGGACUGUGGGAGGAUCUGCAGCAGUGUCGUUACUGGACUGGUACGAGCUGGACCGAAUGGUUAUACUGGUCAUGGAGAGGCCAGUCCCCUCAAUGGAGCUGCUCCACUUCAUAAAGGAGAACAAUGGUCCGAUGGCCGAGGACGUUGCAAAGAUCAUCAUGAGGCAGCUGGUGGAUGCUGCCAUAGACUUGAAAGCCAAGGGCAUCUUGCACAGAGAUAUUAAAGGAGAGAACAUCCUCAUAGAGUCAAGCUCCGAUGGCCUGCGAGUGCGCUUUAUUGAUUUUGGAUGUGGCUGCAAUUGGGUGGAAAACACAAUUUACACACUAUUCUCUGGAACCCCUGAAUUCCAUCCUCCAGAGUUUAAAAUCAACAGGCAAUACAUGGCUGGCCCCAUGACAGUCUGGCAGUUGGCAUCAUUGCUUUUUGAAAUGCUUUAUGGAUUCAGGCGGUUCUCCACCACAAAGUUCCUCAGAAAUGGACUCAAAAUCAGUUCUGUAUGGUCCAAAGACUGCCAAGACUUCUUGGGAAAGUGUUUGACUUUAGAGCCUGAGGACCGUGCCACUCUGGAGGAACUUAAGCAGCACCCCUGGCUACACAACCCCGGUGCCUAGCCCCAAUCCCCAUCCCUGGGGACCCCAGCCAUAAACAUUUUUGCCUGCUGCCGUCUGGCCGACGGUACCGCACCACCAGGCUCAGAGACAGUUUCAUCCCCCAAGACAUCUGAACUGCAUUAACUUCACCAAACCAGCACCGUGGCAUAUUUGCAUAUUUGCACCAUUGCACAUAAUUGCACUGUUGUUGUUUUAUUUUUCUCUUCAUCUGUGUAUAUAUAUAUAUAUUUAGAAAAAAAUAUUUUAUUUUCUAUUUAAAAUGUUAAUAUUAUAUUUUAUUAUAUUUUAUACUAUUUCUAUUUUAUCUUUUUUUGGGGUUGUAAUUACUUGAGCAUUGCUAGCCAGCCUGCCAGUCGGCUAGCUAGCCAGCAUUGCUAGCCAGCCUGUGACUCAAGCAUGUCAUUGCCAACUACUGCUUAAUGUUAUUGUUGUGCAUUUGAUAAUAAAAAAUCUUGAAUCUUGAAUCUUGAAUCUGGUCGUCGUUUUACCAGACUCCAUGAGCCAGACGGGAUAGCCUCCAUGUGAGUCUACAUCGAAAUGACAGAGUCAUGCUUGAAAACCAAAGAUGCAAACUCCAGACUAUGUCAGGUUUAUUCUAUCUUAUGACUUACUUGACUGUUCCUUCUUAACAGGACCAAUAAUUUCAUUUGGACUGAAUGAAACCUUACUAUCUAAAUUGCCCUCAGAUAAUUUAUGUUGUGCCAGGUCGUACCUCCUGUUU